UCCUCGGGGAUGGCGGCGGUCGGGCGGCUGCUGCUUGUGGCGCUCCUGCUGCUGGGCGGACUCGACCGGCCGAACUCCGGGGACGCUGCGGGGCCGGUGCCGCUGGUCAUCUGGCAUGGCAUGGGAGAUAGUUGUUGCAACCCCAUGAGCAUGGGUUACGUUAAAAAAAUUGUGGAAGAGAAAAUCCCAGGAAUUUAUGUGCUGUCUCUGAUGAUAGGCAGCAAUUUAAUUGAGGACAUGGAGAACAGCUACUUCAUGAAUGUCAAUGAUCAAGUCAAGAACGUGUGUGACCAGCUUUCUAAAGAUCCAAAACUUCAAGGUGGCUACAAUGCCAUGGGCUUUUCGCAGGGAGGGCAGUUCUUGAGAGCAUUGGUGCAAAGAUGUCCAUCUCCACCUAUGUUCAAUCUGAUUUCCAUAGGAGGUCAACACCAAGGGGUGUUCGGUUUCCCGCACUGCCCUGGGGAGAGCUCGCAUAUCUGUGACUGGUUAAGAAAGGUGCUAGAUAUUGCUUACACAAAGGUGAUUCAGCAGCGCCUGGUGCAGGCACAAUACUGGCAUGAUCCACAGAAAGAGGAGGAAUACCGCAGAAGCAGCCUCUUCUUGGCUGACGUCAACCAGGAGCGGGUCAUCAAUAAGACUUACAAGAAAAACCUGAUGACUCUGAAAAAAUUUGUGAUGGUCCGGUUCCUCAAUGACACAAUGGUUGAUCCUCCUGCCUCUGAGUGGUUUGGUUACUACCGAAGUGGUCAGACCAAGGAGAUCCUUCCUCUUCAAAACACUACGCUGUACACAGAGGAUCGCUUGGGCCUGAAGGAAAUGGACCAAGCAGGGAAGCUAGUGUUCCUUGCUGCAGAAGGAGACCAUCUCCAGUUUUCCAAAGAGUGGUUCUUCAAGAACAUAGUGCCAUUUCUACAGUGAUACUGGUGAUGACAGCCAGGCUGUUCUUUUGUAGAGUCUGGUUGCUGGAGAUGAUUUUCAUGGCAAGUUGGGUUUUGCUCCAUGGAGAGCUAUCUUGAAGACAGACCGUUUCCACUAACCUGCUAGGCUAUUAUUCCAUUUCAGGAUUAACAGCUCAGUCGUAUUCAACUGCAAGUACUUUUAACUUUUCAAAAAUCAAUCUGGCUGUGUCCCCAGGACCUGCCUGCUGCCAGUGUUAAACAGUUGUCAUUUGACAGUAUGGUGCUUUUAUACAUUAGGAGCCAGUCACCAUUGUUUUGGGAGGGUGCAUUGAUAGGAUUCCCAAUUCUUAAAGUCCCAUUUGGCAGGGAGGGAGAUCACUUCUGUGGUCGUAUUGAAGCGCCGGUCUAAAGAAACCCAAAUGCCCUGCAAACGGCAUUGUGUAGUUGCCCUGAAUGGAGAUAUUUAAUACAGCCUAAGAGGUCUAAGCAGGGCUGCAUUCGGAACGCAGGCGGAGGGGGUGUGCGUUUCCGUAGCUGAGAUUUUUCUAUGACAACUGAGUUUCAAUGGGUGGAAGGCAUCGCUGUCAGGAGUUCCGAUAGAAGAGCCAUGGAUUUAAAGUAGAUUUAAAAUAGAAUAAUUUAUGGAAGAGGAUGCUGUUAUGAAAUCAUGUUAACUCAUGCUUUCUUUGGGUUACAGGAGGAUGAGUAUUUUGUAACUUGACAGCCCAAUAAACCAGUUUUAAUUUAAA